AGAGGAUGAUUGACAUUGGUAGACUGCAGGAUGGCUUAUAUGUUUUGAAAAGAAGUCAGAACCUAAUUGAGAAUCAAGCCACCAUUGAGAACAAGAAAAUCAAUUUGGAAAUACUACAAUGGCACCGGCGCUAGCAAAUGUGCAGUGUCCACGUGAUACUCAUUUUUGGGUCUAUGAUGAUGGUCGUUAUGAGGAAGAAGGCCAGAACAAUAUCAGGGGAAACAUAUGGGAGAAGGCUUCAACACGUUUUGUUUGUACGUUGUUCUCAUUGCCUGUCCCUCAUUGUGAACCACAUGGCACAAGAGAUGAGGCUAGCAAUUAUACAACUGUCCCAAGUUAUCUAGAGCAAAAGAAGAUUCAGAAACUUCUCUUGCUGGGCCUUCAUGGCUCUGGAACCAGUACUAUCUUUAAGCAGGCCAAAUUUUUGUAUGGGAACAAAUUUACUGCAGAAGAACUCCAGGAUAUCAAGCUGAUGAUACAGAGCAAUAUGUAUAGAUAUCUUAGCAUAUUGCUAGAUGGAAGGGAGCGGUUUGAGGAGGAGGCCCUCUCAAGACUGAAAGCAGUGGGCUCCCUUGAUGGCGUCUCUGAAGAAGGCGCUGAAUAUGACAAUAAUGAAGCAAGUCAGUGUAUCUACUCCCUUAACCCGAGGUUGAAGCAUUUCUCUGAUUGGCUGCUCGACAUUAUAGCUACAGGAGAUUUAGAUGCAUUUUUCCCUGCUGCAACUCGUGAGUAUGCUCCGUUAGUUGAAGAGGUCUGGAAAGAUUCUGCUGUACAGGAAACAUAUAAAAGAAAAGAUGAGCUUCACUUUCUUCCUGAUAUUGCAGAAUAUUUCUUAAGUCGGGCGGUUGAAGUGUCGAGUAACGAAUAUGAACCUUCAGAGAGAGACAUUCUUUACGCGGAAGGGGUCACGCAAGGAAAUGGUUUGGCUUUUAUGGAAUUUUCACUCGAUGACCGUAGCCCAAUGUCGGAGACUUAUACAGACAACAUGGAAGCUCCAUUACAGCCUAUGACCAGAUACCAGCUUAUUAGGGUAAACGCAAAGGGAAUGAACGAAGGGUGCAAGUGGGUGGCAAUGUUUGAAGAUGUCAGGGUAGUGGUCUUCUGUGUCGCCCUUAGAGAUUAUGAUCAGAUGUGGCUUGCACCAGAGAAUGGUGUUGGUGGAGCCCUGCUCCAGAACAAGAUGAUACAAAGCAAAGAUCUUUUUGAAACAAUGAUCAGGCACCCUUGCUUCAAGGAUACCCCCUUUGUCUUGAUACUAAACAAGUAUGAUAUCUUUGAGGAGAAGGUCAAUCGAGUGCCCUUAAGUACUUGUGAGUGGUUCAAUGAUUUCAGUCCAGUGAGGGCUCACCACAACAACCAGUCAUUAGCUCACCAAGCUUACUACUAUGUCGCGAUGAAGUUCAAAGACCUAUACGCUUCCCUAACCGGCCGGAAGCUUUUUGUGUGGCAAGCAAGGGCAAGGGAUCGAGUGACAAUUGAUGAAGCAUUUAAAUACAUAAGGGAAGUUCUGAAGUGGGAUGAUGAGAAAGAAGACCACUACUGUGGAGUAGAGGAUUCAUGUUACAGUACAGAUAUGAGCUCGUCGCCUUUUGUGAGGCAAGACUGAUAAGCUCCGGUCACUUGUGAGAUAUUAUUGGUACUAUCUUUUCAUAGACAAGAAAAUUGUAAGAAGAGAGAGAGAGAGAGAGAGAGAGAGAGAGAGAGAGAAGCCAUGUUCUUGCCCCUUUAUUGAUUCCAAUAAGAUGAUUGUGAUGUCCUAUCUAUGGCUCCUUUUGCUUUUCAAUAUAUUCUUCUGUGAAUUUUCGAAGCA